CUUUUCCAGAGCUCUGGCGACCACCGGCAGCAGCUGGAAAAGACCCUCCUCAUCUGUCCGGCUUUCCUCCUCCCCUGCCCUACCUUCUGCGUGCAGUGUUGGUGAGAAAAUCCAGGCUUGACUCUCCGAACCGACGGAUAGAACUGAUGGACAGCCCUUAGGAAGGUUUCUGGAAACACUCGGAGCCUUCUCAUUCACAGGAGGUGGCAGGAGCCUAAAGAAAAGAAAAAGGGUGCUUCCUGGCUACCAAGCAGUCCCCAUCCUGGAUGGAGUGAACGAUGCGGCCUGAUGACAUAAAUCCGAGGACUGGGCUGGUGGUGGCCCUGGUCAGUGUUUUCCUGGUCUUUGGCUUUAUGUUCACCGUCUCUGGCAUGAAGGGGGAAACUCUGGGGAACAUCCCUCUGCUGGCCAUCGGGCCAGCCAUCUGCCUACCAGGCAUCGCAGCCAUUGCUCUGGCCAGGAAAACCGAAGGAUGCACCAAGUGGCCAGAGAAUGAGCUACUCUGGAUCCGCAAGUUACCCUGUUUUCGGAAGCCCAAGGACAAGGAAGUAGUAGAACUGCUGAGGACCCCGUCAGACCUGGAGUCCGGCAAGGGGAGCUCAGAUGAACUGGCUAAGCAGGCAGGCAUCAGAAGCAAGCCGCUCCCCCAGGGACCAGGUGAGGUGCUUAUGGACAACUCCAUUACCACCCCCACACACCCAGAGGAAGGAGAAUGCCAAAGUCUUGUCCAGAGUGGGCGUCAGGAGGAGACAUCCAGAUACCUGGAUGGCUACUGCCCCUCAGGCAGUUCCCUCGCCUAUAGUGCCUUGGACGCCAAGGGCUCAGCCUGGGACAGAUCUGACCACCCUGAGCCCGAGGACAGCAUCUUCUUUGUUCCCCAGGAUAGUAUCAUCGUUUGUUCCUACAAGCAAAACAGCCCCUAUGACAGAUACUGUUGCUACAUCAACCAGAGCCAAGGCAGGUGGGACCAUGAGACAAUAGUCUGAUUUGUUCACACAGGGUCCCAUGUUGACAGACACAUUGCUACACUCCGCUCCCAAUGGAAGAAAAUCUCUGCUCCAACAGCUGUCACACUAUUAGAAACUGGCAUGGUAUGUGAGGGGUGCAGACCUCUGGCGCCUGAUGCUCCUGUAAAUAGGCAUGCUGGGGGCACACUUCAGGGAAACACUGAGGAGUAAGGGCAGCGGGAAGAGGUAACAGUAAAGAAAGUUCCAUUUGCUUCUGAACAAAUUAAACGAUGUUGAAUACUUUGUAAAACAGCCCAGAAAGUGCUAGCACCUGCUGACAGUCAGGUGAGUCUAGAAAGAGCUUCAGAUGCCAGGUAGCAAAUGAUGCAGGGCUAUUCACACAGAAACUGGCUGCUUUGUGUCUAAAGAAUGUGAAGGAAAAUUGUGUGUUCCUUUAUAUGAAAUUAUUUUUGCCUGUUGGUAGCUUUUCACACAUAGUUGCUGAAAGACAUAAAAAUCAAGAUAUGGGAUGGGUUUUGGAGUAAGGGGAGUUUAAAAUAGUUGAAACGUAUAACUGAGUCCUGGCCUCUGACAAGAUUAUGGUUUCAAAUAAAGUGUUGCCUAUAUUAUGUGAAAUGUUAAGAUUUUGGGUGGUUUCACAUGAGUUCAUUU